AUGGCUGUUGAUCCUAGAGAUAUUAAACUGCCUGCAUACAUCGCUGUUGUUCUCAGUAGUAUCGCACUCAUUCUUGCAUGCAUUGGUGUUGGUACACCUUCGUGGCAAGUUACAUACAGUGACGCACCCACUAAUACAAUACCAUCAGGAAGUACCAAUUUUUACUAUUCGUGCAGUGCAAGUAACGCAACGUGUACGAAUUCCAAAUAUUCAACUGAUUCCUACAUUCAUUUGAGACUAGCAUCUGGUUUAGCUAUUGUCGGUAUUUUAUUUAUUUUUUUUGGUACAGUUGGGACAUAUAUGAUUGCCAUAAGUCCAUUCGAUGGUUCAUCAAAUAUUAAAGACAUACGCUAUCGAGAUAUGAAUCUUGGUUUCGGACCACUGUGUUUAUUUAUUGGAACAAUAACAAUGUUAGCAGCAUUAGCUGAAGGUUCAAAAACAAUCCUUUAUAAUGGCUACUCAGCAAAUUUAUAUCAAACAGCUCAUAUUCUUGCAAUUUUUUCAUUACUUACAAGUGCAUACGCAUCAGGUAGACGGUCAUUACUUGAUGACCCUACUAUGGAACAACCAUUACUUAAAUAA